AUGUUUUCCUCGUCGAAUAAUUUCCUCGGGGGUGGUGCCACUGGCCGUCCCGGCCAGGCACCAUUCAUGCAACAGCAACAACAACCCCCCUAUUCGCAAAUCCCCCAAGGCCAGCAGCCGCCAUCAAUCCAACAACCUCAACCGACUGGGUUUCCUCCGCAGCCCACUGGUCUUGCUCCACAGUCGACCGGAUUCGCCGGCCAGCCUUCCCCGUUCGGUAACUCGCAGCUACAGCCUCAAGCCACCGGAUUCCCCGCAGGACAGCUCCAGCCGCAAUUCACUGGCUUCCCCGGCGCCCCGCCCCAGCAACCCCAGCAGCAGCAAGCGCAAAGCUUGCCACCACAAUACACUGGAUACCCUCCCCAGAACCAAGCGCAGCAGCCGCCCCCGGUGCCGCAGAUACCAACUCGAUUUAAGACCUCCAGCGAUAUCGCAAACUCCUUCCAAGAUGCUGCUGGCUCUGGGGCGCCUCCUCAGGUGCCACCGAAGACGGGUUCAAAGAUCCCAAGCAUUCGGCUUUCGUUUAUCACGGCGCAGGAUCAGGCGAGGUUCGAGCAGCUCUUUAAGUCUGCGGUUGGCGAUAGCAAAACAAUGGAUGGCGACAAAGCAAGAGAUCUUUUGUUGCGUUCCAAGUUGUCGGGCGGUGAUCUUUCUAAGAUUUGGGUCUUGUCUGAUACCACUAAAUCCGGACAGUUGUUAUUCCCCGAAUUCGCAUUGGCCAUGUACCUCUGCAACAUUCGUCUAACCGGCCGCGAUCUUCCUUCUUCCCUACCCGAGACGAUCAAGAACGAGGUUUCCAGUAUGGUUGACAUCAUCUCGUUCGAUGUCCCCGACACACAGCCGGCGCCGGUCCAACAACGAACAAACGUCCCCAACUUUGAUGCGCCUCUCAUGGAGAACAAAUCGACACCCCCGAUUGUUCAGCAGCCCGUUCCGCAGCAACCUAACAAUGCCCAGCUGCUGUCGCAGCUGACAGCACAGCCCACUGGGUUCUUCCCCCAGCAGAGUGGUAUCCAGCAGCCCAACCAGACGGGCUUCCCUGGACAGAACCAGUCUCAAUUCCUUCAGCCUCAACAAACAGGUUUUAUUACCAACCCGCAGGCUACUGGAUAUACCGGCCCUCGGCCCCCGAUGCCACCUAUGCCUACUGGUUACGGGUCGAACCUCAGUCCCGCCCAGACCGGUGGAAUGCAAGGCCUGGGUGUGCAGCCUACGGGCCUGGCUGCGCAACCUACGGGAAUGCCAGGUCAAUGGGGAUUCAUCAAUACACCAGCGCAGGGUUUGCCCAACAUCGAUGCUAUGAAGCAGCAGCUCAUGCCGCAGCCUGGGCGUGAGGGUGGUUUCAGCGCUGUUGGCCUUUCAGGAAAUGCUACAGUUGCCUGGGCAAUUACAAAGGAGGAGAAGAAGAUUUACGAUGAUCUUUUCCGCGCAUGGGACGGUUUCCGCAAGGGCUUCAUCAGUGGCGAGACUGCCAUCGAGAUCAUGGGCCAAAGUGGUCUGAAUAGAAAAGAUCUGGAACGGAUCUGGACCCUGGCUGAUCCCCAUAACCGUGGCCGACUGAACAUGGAUGAGUUCGCCGUGGCUAUGCACAUGAUCUACCGUGCUCUGAACGGAUACCCAGUUCCCAACCGUCUACCACCCGAGCUUGUUCCCCCUUCUACGAGACACUUGAAUGACUCUAUCGGUACAGUCAAGUCUCUUCUCUCACAGGAUGCUGAAAAUCGCAAGGCUACCGGUGCGUUCCUGCAGCCGCAGAAGACUGGUGUCAGCUAUCUCAAGGAUCACUCCUUCCGUGGCGGUACAGCAGGCGCUUCUCCAGCUAGCCGCAAGGAUGCGACGAUGUUCAAGAACAAUGACUCCGCUGGUGGAUACCGCUCUAGCGCACGACGUCGCGUUGGUAACGAGACUCGUACCCCGUCACCGGCUGCCUCUGGCGCUUCAGAGGAGGAGUAUUCUGUGGAACAGCUGCAAAAGAAGAUCCGUGAGGCCAAAGUCAUGAUUGACGCUGCCGACUUCGAGGACGAGAACCGAGCUGAGGAUGAUGAUGCUCUAGACCGUCAGGACCGCCGCGAGGCAGAGAGUCUCAUGGACCGUAUCCGUCGCGUACAGGACGAUCUCGAUACCCACCCCAAUGCCGCAUUCCGUCAAGUGGACAGUGGGGCAGAUCGUAGGGCUCUUCGUCGCCAACUGCAGUCUUAUGAAGAUCAAGUUCCUCAGGUUGCAUCUGACGUGCGUCGUCUUGAGCGCGAGAUCGCGGAUGCGAAGCUCGAGCUCUUCCGUCUCAAGGACGCCAAGGCACACCCCGGUGGCGCCUCUAACAUCAUUGGCACUGGCCCUGGCGGUACUGUAACUGAGGCAGAUCGAAUCAAGGCCCGCGCGCGUGCACGUAUGCAAGCCCGGGCUGCCGAGCUUGCUGGACGCCCCGCACCCGCGACGGAAGAUGACGAUGGCCAAGCGGCUCGUCGUCUGGAGUCUGAGAGCACUAACGUGAAGAUGGAGCGGGAGCGCAACGACACUAUGACCCGUGAUGUUGAAGAAAGUGUCCGUGAUUUCGCUCGCAGUCUGGAAGAUAGUCUCCGGGACGCGGGCCAAAACUCCACACGUGAGCAUGAGAAGCGUCGUUGGGAAGAUGCAUUGGGAGUUGAGGACGUCAUCCGUGACUUCAUCUACGACCUGAGCCGCAAUGCGAGAACCGCGAAUAUUCGCAAAGAAGAGUAUGUUAUUCUUGCCAAUCAAGAAAAGCGCCCAAUGCUGAUGAUUCACAGGCGAGAGAGACAUUCCCCGGAUGCGCAAUCUCGAGCAUCUCCAGCGGCUGAAUCUGCCGCUGUGCGCCCUUCGAUGCCCCCGUCCGUGGACUCGUCAAGCUCUCUUCCGGGUGGCACACAUGAAGAUCGUGUGGCAGCUGCUCGAGAGCGUGCACAAAAGCGCAUUGCUGAGCGCAUGGCAGCUGCUGGUCUGAAGCCGCAUGACGCUCCUGAGACUCUUGCGCAACGCCAGGAGCGUGAGAAGAAGGAGCGCGAAGAUCGUGUCAAACGCGCUGAGGAAGAGGAUGCUAAGCGGGAACAAGAGAGACAGCGUCGCCUGGCUGAGGAACGGGGCGGUCCUACUGAUGCAGUUCCGAAGACUGCGGGCAAGAAACCGCCACCGGCGCCGCCCACCCGCAGGGCUCGCACGGAUAGUGCCGGCCAAGCCGAUGCCAAGAAGGAGGAGGAACCCGCCAAGGUAAACCAGGCUGCCCGUGAGCAGGCCAUCAAGGAGGAGCAAGAAGUGCAGGAGGCGGAGACUAAACGUCUAGAGGGCGAGGCAAGCCGACGCGAGUUGGAAUUCCAACAAGAGAAGGAUGCCCAAGCCGCUCGACUUCAUGCUCUUGAGGAACAGGUCCGCCAGGGUAAGAUCAAGAAGCAGGAAGAGAAGCGCCGCAGGGAAGAGGCUAGCCGACAGGCUAAAGAGCAGGAAGCUAUGCUUGCGGCCCAACGCGCUGAACUGGAGGCGGCUAAGGAACGUGAACAACAGCUGCAGCGCGAACUCGAGGGCCUUGACGAGUCAUCAUCCGAUGACGAAGGCCCUGCCGAUAUUACGCCUCAGUACAGCACCCCGACACAGAGCCAGAUCCUCCCUACCCCGCCUCCCGUGCCUACGAUAGCUAUUCCUGAACCUCCCGCCCCCGAAAGUGUGCCGAGCGAAGUGAGCUCCCCCGAAAGCAGCCGUGGUGUUCCUGCCGUCACACCCGAUGCUGAGUCCAAGAACCCAUACUUCAAGAACAAAAGUCAGGCAUCCGAACCCACCCAGGCGACCUCGCCGCCGGCUGCAGCUCAGUCUACGAACCCCUUCCACCGCUUGACCCAGCAAGAACCUAUCAAGCCCACCUUCACCGGUGCAGCCCCCCUGGAACGCAAGACUCGUGCUCGCCCGGAGGAAGACGAUGACUGGUCCGCUGCCGGCUCCGAGGUCGAUUCGUCUGAUGAUGAGGACGACCGUCCAACUGGUGGCAGCGCGAAACAACUUGCCAGUAUCCUGUUCGGCACUAUGGCGCCUCCACGUCCUCUGAGUGCUAUGGAUGAAGACAAGUCUGCCUCGAAAUCCGCUACCCCGGUACAAGAAAGCCCUGUCGCACCUCCACCGCCACCCCCAGUGACUCUGCCUCCUGUUCCUGCUAUACCAAGCCCUAGCGAUUCCACCUCCCCACCAGCCGCUCCAUCUGCAGUACCUCCCCCUCCCCCGCCUCCGCCUCCUCCCCCAGGAGGAGCUGGUGCUCCUCCGAUGCCCCCGCCUCCGCCUCCUGGCGGAGCCCCCUCUGCUCCCCCUCCACCCCCUCCAGCUGGCAUCCCGCCUCCACCUGCUCCCCCAGCCGCGGCCGGUGGCGCUGGCCGAGGCGCCCUCCUCGCGUCUAUCCAGCAAGGCAAGUCCCUGAGGAAGACUCAGGUGAAUGACCGUAGCACCAGCUCGUCGGCUGGACGCGUGCUGUGA